AUGUCUAAAACGCACCCGCUGCCACAGUUACCUUCAGCGGGGACGACUACCGGGGUCCAGUCGUCGUCCUCGUCGUCUUCGUCCGCGGGGGGCUCGACAUCUCCCGCUACCGUUUUGAACGUUCAGCCCGAGAAACCCCAACACUACACAUAUCUAAAAGAGUUUAGGACGGAGCAGUGUCCCUUGUUUGUACAACAUAAAUGUACACAACACCGACCUUUCUCCUGUUUCCAUUGGCACUUCUUGAACCAGCGACGCCGCAGGCCCAUGCGCAAACGGGACGGGACUUUCAACUACAGUCCGGAUGUUUACUGUACCAAAUACGAUGAGGGAACCGGAACUUGUCCUGAUGGAGACGAAUGUGCUUUUCUCCAUCGGACGGCCGGAGACACGGAACGAAGGUACCACCUCCGCUAUUACAAGACGGGCUCGUGCAUUCACGAAACUGAUACGAAAGGUUACUGCAGCAAAAACGGCUGCCAUUGCGCCUUUGCGCACGGGUCGCAUGACUUGCGCAGCCCCGUGUAUGACGUAAGGGAAGUGCAGGUGAUUGAGUGUCAAGGUGGCUCGGGACCCUCGGAAGGAACCGGAGGUGAUGGACAGUCGGGUCAAGCGGCGAGUAUGGCCCUCAUCGAGAAGAUUUUGAGCGAGGAACCACGCUGGCAAGAUAACAACUACGUGUUGUCCCACUACAAGACGGAGCUUUGCAAGAAGCCUCCCCGCUUGUGUCGUCAAGGUUACGCCUGUCCGUAUUAUCAUAACAGCAAAGACAGACGUCGGAGCCCGCAUAAGCACAAAUAUAGAGCUUUGCCUUGUCCGGCGGUCAAACUGAGCGAGGAGUGGGGCGAUCCCAGCAAAUGUGAGUGCGCAGAGGGGUGCCAGUAUUGCCACACGAGAACCGAACAACAGUUUCACCCUGAGAUCUACAAGUCCACUAAGUGUAAUGACAUGCAACAGUGCGGCAGCUGUCCCAGGGGUCCCUUUUGCGCUUUUGCUCAUGUUGAAAAAGCCUUUGUCUCGGAAGAGUCCUUUUCCUCCCCAAGAUCACCACCCCCACCUCUCCGUCCCCCCGAUCCCGUUUCUGCUGACGACGUGGCGGAAACGAGCGGACACAAUAAGGGCCUAGGUCACGUUGACCCCCUUUCGCCCCCCGCCGGGUCACGCGUCCCAGAGCAAGGCCUGCUGGGUAGUGUUCUAACUCUUUGUGAGGACAUGAGGGGAGCGACUGAAACUCUGUCUCCCUGGGCGGGAGAGGGGGGGCACGGUAGAGCACCUGGUUUUGAGAGGGAAGAUCAGGCUAAACAGAGGAGUUUUGCCCUUGAGCAGCGCAGCAGAGAAAUGACCUCAGCACCAAGUAGUAAGCAGGAUCUGUUGGUGUUUCUGCCUGUGGGCAGCCCUUUAAGUUUGUCCUCCAGCAUCCCAUCCAGUCUGGCUGCGACUCCGCCCAGCCCCGCCCCCCUCGGACCCGCGGGGACCAACGUGGCAUCAGGCAUGAAUGCCAACGCCUUGCCCUUUUACCCUACCAGUGAGACUGUGGAGUCUGUUGUCGAAUCGGCAUUGGAUGAUCUUGACCUGAAUGAUUUUGGUGCCUCGAUAUCGGAGAGAGGCUUGGAAAGUGCUUCAAGUCUGUCACGGGUUGGAGUUCGGCUAGGUGAAACCCGACUUCAAAGCUCUGCUCCUGUCAACAUCCCAGGGUCCUUUAGCACAUCUGCUCCUUUUAGCUCCCCGUCACCUUCCCCCCCGAUCAGACCGCGGACCUCCUCCCUCUUCUCCACGCAUCUGCCCCAACCUGGCCAACAAGAAAGCCCUUUCCUGGGACCGUCCCAUAGCUCCUUAGGUCUGAAUGGUAUGAGCAGUAACAUCUGGGAGCACUUCCCAUCAGGCCAGGGAUCCCCUGGAACACCCCCAGCGCUGAUGCCCUCCAACCCCUGCGCGGAGACGUCCAGGCUCAAACAAGAGCUCGAGGAGGCUCACCGGGCGCUUAAGCAGUGGGGGCACAGUUGGAGACACACAGCUCAGUCAUGGGCCUCACUGAAAGCAGACGCGGAAGAGUCACGCGCCCACGCGGGACGGUUGGCCACGGAGGCCGAGAGAACCAGGCAGGCGGAUGAGGUGGCGCAAAGACAAUCUUCUCUACUGGAGGAAGCGCUGGAGACCCUGAGGAGCGGGGAAAACCCCCAUCGAUCGUUACACCAACUCCAGAUGUUACACAGGCUUCCCUUAGAAUCCGUCCUCAGUCUGCAAGCACAACUAUGUAGCUGCCUGCAAACUGUAGAACAGGCGAUGUACAAGAAGCAGAAGCAGUGCUGUGUUUCGUGUGGAGAACAGGGCUCUGUCUCCUUGUCGUGCGGUCACGGACUACGUUGCGAGAGCUGCUCCACCUCCACAGAGUGCCCUCUGUGUUCCGAACCAACAUUGGAACAGCAGCAGCAGCUCUCUUGA